AUGGGAAGAGGAAAGAUUGCGAUUCGAAGGAUUGAUAAUUCAACAAGCAGGCAAGUAACUUUCUCGAAAAGAAGAAAUGGAUUGUUGAAGAAAGCAAAAGAGUUAUCCAUUCUCUGUGAUGCUGAUGUUGGAUUGAUUGUUUUUUCAAGCACUGGAAGGCUCUAUGAUUAUUCCAGCACUAGCAUGAAAGCUGUUAUCGAGCGGUAUAACAAACAGAAAGAAGAACAGCAUCAACUAAUGAAUCCUGCUUCAGAAGUGAAGUUUUGGCAGACAGAAGCAGCUGGCCUGAGACAACAACUGCAGUACCUGCAAAAAAGCCAUAGGCAAUUAAUGGGUGAAGGACUUUCUGGCUUGGGUAUUAAGGAACUACAAAAUCUCGAACAUCAACUGGAGAUUAGUCUCAAGGGUGUUCGAAUGAAAAAGGAUCACAUUUUGACUAAUGAGAUUAAAGAAUUACACCAAAAGGGAACUCUUGUCCAUCAAGAAAACGUUGAACUCCAUAAAAAGAUGGACUCCAUCCAGAAAGAAAAUGCAGAGCUACAAAAGAAGGUUUAUGAAGCAAGGAGUACAAAUGAAGAAAAUGCGGCAUCGAAUGUUUCAUGCACUAUCAGAAAUGGAUAUGAUUUACAUGCGCCUAUUAGUCUCCAGCUAAGCCAGCCACAGUCUCAAUACAGUGAACCAGCAACCAAAAUCAUGAAAUUAGGAUUACAGCUGCAUUCCUAA